CAAGCAAAACUCUCAAGGUAGAGAUGAAACGACAUCGUACCUGAAGUAAGCAUCGUUAUCAGUAACUCAGGCUAAUUGGCGUUCAAGAAAAGGAAACGACGUCGGUUUUGCGUAGCGAGAAUGACAUGAAACGACAUUGUAUCAUUUCUCCAAACUCGGGCAAAUGAGCUGAUCUAAUGCGGAAGGCAUUGAAGAGUUGUUACGAAGAGUUGGUGUCGUCCUACUACAUAUGGUAACUAAUUACGUGGUAAAACUAACUACAUUGUACGAAGAGGUUUACUUAAGGAGGAGGAUAUGCAACUAAUUACAUUGUAUGAAGAGUUAACAUCAUCGUUCAGAGAAAGUGACGUUAAUAGUAUCCCGAUUCUCUUAUCAUCAACUCAUCUUCCCCAGCAUUUCCUCGGUGAGCUUUUAGGUUUCGACGACCGUGUUGCACUUCUCUCGUUUCGGAUUCUGUGUUUACAGAUUUGCUUUGCUUUUGUUUACUGGUUUUUUGCUCCUGCUUCCCCUUUUCAUUUCUAGAACUUUUGAGGGUUUCGAGUGUUGAUGUUUAUAUUUUUGAUAAUUCACAUCUCCACAGGAAAUCAAGCAAACAUGGCCUCCUCCUCAUCUCCCCCACCUCAAGUCCUCCCAGCUGAGGUAAAUAAAUGUCGCACAUGAUAAUGAGUUUUUUUUUUUCUAAAAUAGAGAGCUCGUGUUAAGCAUUGUUCUAGUUAGAUUUCAAAUUUUGAGUGUGCUACAACUUAAAACUUAUUAACAACUAUCUUGAUUGUAUUCUUACAGGAGAUUCUACACAUAUGUCAAGAAACUACUCAAAAUCUUGCUCACAUUUUGUCAAUUAUUCCAAGUGAGUUACUCUCACUCAUCAUGUCAACCAUCCCAAAAUCUGAAAUCAAAGUGGUUAAGGGAUUAGAAGCAUCAUACGCACGCUGGCGUGUAUCUCGGGUUGUUCGAGAUAUAUUGAUGUCUAAGGAUUGGGCAAGUAUAAUGGGUGCUGGGAAAUUCCAAGGAUUUUGUGAGUCAUGUUGGGCGUUUGCAACGGCUGAGCUGGUCAGUGCAGUGCUUUAUCUUAAGAGAAAAGACACUAAUUACACGGAGUACUCGGUGCAAGAACUUAUGGAUCGUGCUGAUAGAUCUAGAAUUGAAAAAAAUGGCAGAAAGGGCCACUUUUGCUACCGGUACAGCAUCAGGAGAGGUUUGGAAUAUGUACUAAAAAAUGGGCUUCAAAGGGCAGUUGACUGUCCGUACAAUCGAUGUCGACAAGAAAGCCAGAUACCACCGCGUGCUCUUUACGGACUCGCACACAUAGACGGUAUUGAUAAAUUAUCGCUCAGCCAGGCACUUCUAAGGCUAGAAGAACAACCGAUUGGAGCAUCUUUGUUCAUAUUCAUGCCUGAUUAUGUAGACACUAAGGAGGGAGUUUAUCGUGGUCCCAUGACAAAUAGAUCUUGUUAUAAAGCAAUGCAUGGAGUUUCAGUGGUGUCUGUGGUUGAAGAAAAUGGAGAGAAAGUGUGGAAGGUUAGACUAAACCACGGUUCUAUGGCGGGACAUCAAGGGUACCUUAAGGUAUCGAUGGAGGUUAUGUUGGUUCGAGUCCCAACAGAAGGAAGUCAAUCUGAUGGUAAAUUUGACAAACCGAGCAUGUUGCUCACUGACUUUGUAUGUCCAAACGUGGUGUAGAUACAACCAUCCAAAACGAAUAAGGGGUGGAGACGAAUCAGUGGUGAUGAAGUAGAGAAGAUAAACGGUGGUGGUCAUGAAGUAAGGUGGAGCAACUUAUCAUUUUACUAUGUUUAAUUUAACGCAUGGAUGACUGUAAGGUGUUCUUCUGACAUCGCAAAACCUUUUUUUGUUGAUUUUCUAAACCGACAUUAUAGGAGAUUAUCCAAAAGAACCUUUUUUAUGUUGA